AUGACAAAGAAGCCCGAGUGGCUUUUGACAGCGCGUCGUCGUGCUCUAAAGGUGUUUGACGCUCUCCAUGUUGAGUUCCAAGGGUUCUACUCGCGGGAGCGUCUUCAUCGCUUGCAUUCCUACACAAACUCUGCUAGUCUCGUGAGGAUGUGGAGCGUCUGUUUGCUGACUCCAGUGCCAUGCCUCGUUGUGAGUUUACUCGGCGAGGCGGUCCCUCUACCUCCGCCUGAAGCAGGCGUUUUCAAGAACUGGUUUCUCUUUGUUCGGUCGUGGGUGCUGAUCGGGCUGGUCAACGCAACUGUACUCGUUCAGAUUGGCCAGGGUGCGCCUCGAUUGAAGAUGAGUGCAAGGCAAGUGGUGGCCAUUACUCUCCUAGCGGCCACGGUGUCAAUCAUAUUCAUCGUAGCAGUCUGCAGACUGGUAGUUUUCCCGUUUCCUUUUGGGUUCCUCGUCGUCGCACCACCCGACGUCUGUGUGGUAGCAGUAUGCUUCGUGUACAUUUCCGGUCCUCAACUAGGGGCUGAACCAUCCUUGUGGGCGGAAAUCAAGCAGCAGCUCUCCGUGUUUUACUGUCAAGUAGCAUUAACCUUCGUGUAUCCGCUCUACGUCUAUGGGUUGGUAUCGCUCUCUGGAUUUGCCCAGGCAGGCUUCGUCUUGCUAUCCCCCGUCAUCCAACUCGUCGCGAAGAACUGGAUCAACUACAGCCUCACCGACCACAACGACAUCAAGCCAGAGACGGUUGUGUUUAUUGUGGAGAUUUUCAAUGCGCUGUACGCCUCCAAUGCUCUCCAGAGCGUCUCGUCCUGGAAGACGACUGUGCUGGUGAUCCUCACAGACCAUUUGCAAUUUUGGAUAGCAAUG